UCGGACCGGGCGUGCUGGCUCCCGCUGUGACAGCCCAGCGGGCGAACGCCGGGGCAGGGCGAGGCGAGCAGGGGACCCGGGGUCCCUGAAUUCAGUCAUUUUGCUCAUCUUCGGAGGAAUUGUGCUAAAGAUCACUGUCAAGCUUGCUCAUCUCUCCCUUUUUGGAAGUAUGGCUUAUCACUUGAUGGGAUCCUGUGUUCUGGUUUUGUCUUCUACCAGCCCUCACAAUUCCAGAUAGUGAUUCUGAAACAGCGGUCAAGUUCCUUCAGCAACCAGGUAAGAAUUCGUCUAAUCCUGAAGACUCCAGUGAACUGAUUUGAAAUAGGUACUUGCAUACCAUCUUCUAAUGGGUCUUAGAUAGUGAUUUCCUAUUUAUAUAACAUUACCAGAUUACUUUAUUAUUUUCUAGCAUAAAGAAUGGCCUGAAAACACAAAAGUAGCUGGAUUGGUAACUCAAUAGAAAAGUUUCUGCAGUAAAUAAAAUUGUGCGUCAUCUGAUUAGGGGAGCACAAGUCACUCGACUUGUCUUUCUCUUACUUGUGGUGUUCCUCUAAAUGUGUGCCUGAUAGCUCCUUUCCACCUACUUCUGGAGUGGAAUGAAAAGGAGAGAGAGGCUGCCUUGCUAUGGUCUAUAAAAUAGUGGUUUGGGUAAUAGUAGAACAGAUGGUAGUGGGGGGAAUCAAAUUGUGGCUUCUGGUCUCUAAUACAUUCUCCCCAACUGUCCUCCAAAACUCUGUUUUAGAAAUAAGAUUCAGAGAGAGAUUGAGAGCUGGCAGGUGGUAGGCAGUAGAGAUUUAAGAGGUUUUAGUUGCUUAUUAGGUUGCUUCCUGCACCUCCUCUGUAUAGUUUAAUCUGGCUCACAAAAGUAGUAGAAUGCAUUUAUUCUUUACGACAUUUACUCGUGAUGCCAAGACAGUGAGUUUUGGUCAUGGUGUAGACCAGUUAUUAUUUUCUUCCAUGUCCAUAAACUGCUCCUAACUCGUAACAAGUCGCUGUGCCUAAAAUUGGCCAAACCUCAAAGAGACCUAUGAAUGAAUCAAGUAAGAAUGAAUCAGUUAUAUCUGUCAAUAUGUAAGUCACAAAUUUAAAAACCACAUAAGCAUAUGUUCUGUUAAUAGCAGACUAAUGAAACUACUUUUAUAGAGGAAUGACAAGUAAUAAAAGUUAUGUCUGCUUAUUUAAUUAUUACAACUUUAGUGGUAUUAUGUGCUUCCAAAAACUGGAACGGAAUGAUUUACAGAGCCUAAUAACAAAUAAAUGGAAUCAGGGACUACCUUAAAUUUUUUGUAGUAUUGCUCCAUACGUGUUCAUUAAAAUGUGAAUUUUCAGAGCCAUUUGACUAUUUGAUCUACUACUGCCUUCUAUUUUAGUAGAGCUUCAAGUGUAAUUCCUGGCAACUGUUGUAAUAGUUCCACUAAGUAGGCUAGCUUUUUGUUUGUUUGUUUGUUUUUUAAUGAACAGGUUUCCUUCUGUGUAGGAAAAAAUUAGUUUGGUAAUCAAUAAUUUCCCAUCAAAAACUUGCAACAUAUACAAUGAUAUAUAAAUAUCCUAAGCAUCAAAAUUAUUGGAUUUUUAUUUAUACAUUCUGAUGAAUAUGUUUUUAUGGUAUUUUACCAGCCUAGGAAGUGAAAUCAAAUGGAUGUUGGUGAGUACCCCAUGGCAGCAGUUACUUCAUUUCAUUCAUUCAGAGUGAACUGUAACCUGCAAGCCUUCUUUAGAAUGAAGAGGAACAAUUUAUCUAUUGUGAAUAAAAUUGUACAGUCUCCACCAGCAAUGAAACAGCCCAAGCUCGGAUUGUAUUCUCCUCUCAACCAGACUCUGGCGUACACUGUUCUUCUAGACUGGGGGAGUUUGCCUCCUCAUGUGGUAUUACGCAUUUUUCAGUAUCUUCCUUUAAUAGAUCGGGCCCGGGCGUCUUCUGUAUGUAGGAGAUGGAAUGAAGUUUUUCAUAUCCCUGACCUUUGGAGAAGGUUUGAAUUUGAACUGAACCAGCCAGCUACUUCAUAUUUUAAGUCUACUCAUCCUGAUCUCAUUCAGCAGAUUAUUAAAAGGCAUGCUACCCAUCUCCAGUAUGUUAGCUUUAAGGUUGACAGUAGUACUGAAUCAGCAGAAGCUGCCUGUGAUAUACUUUCUCAGCUGGUAAAUUGUUCUAUCCAGACCUUGGGCUUGAUUUCAACAGCCAAGCCAAGCUUUAUGAGUAUGUCAAAGUCUCAUUUUGUGUCAGCACUUACAGUUGUUUUUGUCAACUCAAAAUCAUUGUCAUCAAUCAAAAUCGAAGACACACCAGUGGAUGAUCCCUCACUGAAGAUUCUCGUGGCCAAUAAUAGUGAUACUCUAAGACUCCUAAAAAUGAGUAGCUGUCCUCAUGUUUCAUCUGAUGGAAUCCUCUGUAUAGCUGAUCAUUGUCAAGGCCUUAGAGAACUGGCAUUGAAUUAUUACAUGCUAAGUGAUGACCUUCUCCUGGCACUUUCAAGUGAGACUCAUGUUAACCUUGAACAUCUUCGAAUUGAUGUUGUGAGUGAAAAUCCUGGACAAAUUGAAUUUUGUCCUAUUAAAAAACAAAGUUGGGAUGCACUUACUAAACACUCCCCUGGAGUUAAUAUUGUUAUGUACUUCUUUUUGUAUGAAGAGGAAUUCGAGACAUUCUUCAAAGAAGAAACCCCUGUUACUCACCUUUAUUUUGCUCGUUCAGUAAGCAAAGCAAUUCUAGGACGGAUAGGCCUUAACUGUCCACGACUAAUUGAGUUAGUAGUAUGUGCCAAUGGUCUUCAGACUCUUGAUGAUGAACUUAUUUGCAUUGCUAAACACUGUAAAAACUUAACAGCUUUGGGCCUCAGUGAAUGUGAAGUUAACUGCAGUGCAUUCAUUGAGUUUGUAAGACUAUGUGGGAGAAGGCUCACCCAGCUAUCUAUAAUGGAGGAAGUUUUGAUCCCUGAUGACAAUUAUAGCCUAGAUGAAAUUCACAAUGAAGUCUCCAAAUACCUGGGGAGAAUGUGGUUCCCUGAUGUCAUGCCUGUCUGGUAAUUGACUACCAAAGAUUCUUAACUUUUUUUAAUCAAUAAGAUUAGCUUCUUUCAGCCUAUACAAAUGUAAAUUUUAAGAGGCAUUGCUGAAAUAUUUUAGGUAAAAUAUUUCAUCAUUUGCAAACUGUCUUAAUAGGUUGUAGCAGAAACAUUUGAAAAAAAUAUGAGAAAUUUGAGAAGCCAGAAAUUUUCGUAAAUAGGGCACAGAGACUGUGUUGUGGUUAGAUAGUUGAUAUGCUAAAAACCCUAAACAGUUUCUAGAUAAGCUCCUUAGCUUUCUUUGAAGAUAUACUUUACCUUGCUAAAUAAAUUUAUAAUAUUGAGGUUUGGAUCCCUUAAAUUAUGCCAUUUACAACUUUAUAUUGUUGUUUCUGUUUCAUCUUAGUAUUAAUAUAUUUUACAAAAUAUUUACUAUUAAAAACUAAGAGUAAUAUCAAAAUAUAGAUACAGGCUGACUUAAUUAUACUUCAUUUUUAGCACUAUGUAAGAUCAGAUUAUGAUUUAAUAAACAACUUUUAAUUUCCAGUA